AUGCCAACCGCCCUCGCCCUCGUCUACCCCUCCGUGAAUACUCUCGACACCAACGGCCCGAUCGGCGUGUUCUUCCAGAGCGGCUUCACCACGCUCAUAGCCGCCCAUGACGAGUUCACCACCUCCCAGGAAAAUGUAACCUUCAAACGGGAUUUGUCCAUCGCGGAAGCCAAGGACAGACUAACGGAGUUUGAUAUGCUUAUUGUUCCUGGGGCGCGACCGAACAAUAUCCUCCCAUUCCUCUUGCCAGGAGGCCAUCUCCACGAAUUGUUAGAGGUGAUAUCUGCAUUUGCGAAACUCGGCCCCAAAGGUCCCGGGCCCAUGGGCGAGAGGAUUCUCUUUUCUGUUUGCAGCGGGUCGUAUCUGCUGGCGGCGACAGGAGUUCUAGAUGGGCUCACAGCGACAUCACACCGAUUGGGGCUUGGAUCUUUGCGAAAUAUAUGUGAGGAGUAUAAGCGUCGGACACCAGGAGCGAAGGGGACGGAGGUGGUGCCGGAGAAUUCAACGGGCACUGUACACUAUGUCGAUGCGGGGAUGAACGAGUCUCGGGUGCGCAUUGUCACGUCCGGGACUAUCACCAACGGCAUCGAUGCGGCAUUGUACAUUAUUUCGCUACGGUCAGGGAGACCGGCCGCGGAGGAGGUGGCGGCGUUUAUAGGAUAUUCCUGGCGGGAAAUGUGA